CUGCUCCUGCUGCAUAUAAACCAGAUUCAUACCAGAUCCGAACAGAAUCACACACACAGAGUGGUGGAGAAGUGCGCGCUGAUCCAGCUGCAGGGGUUAUUUUGGCUCAAGCAUCAUGUCAGCUGUUAAAUCCGGAGUGUCUCUGCGGACGCUGGUUCUGACCCCAGAGCGGAUCCCGAGCUUCCUCAUCCCUUCCUCCCGUAGUCCGUUCGUCACCCCGAGGCUCCGCCGAACUUCCACCGACCGAACCAGACUGCUGUCGGACAAUGAUGAUCAGGACUCGUCGGGAACUAGCCAACCUGGAUCUCCAACCGACCCCGUGAUCUCGCCCCGGUUCGCGCUUCGCCUGCCAACGCCGCGGACCGGGCGGCUCCGCCGCACCACAGCUACGGAUGAAGCGUCCGUCGACGCGGACGCGGACCGGGCCACGAGAGCAGCCAUGUCUCUGUGUCACGUCCCAAAGGUGACUACGUCAUACGGAUUCCGAGCAGUCUUGUCGGCGAGUCCGUGCACACGCCGGCGAGAGUCACUCUUCCACAGAAGCGAGCCCGUGACCGUUAAGAUCAACGAUGUUGAGUCCCCGGAACCGGAGGGGGCUCUCUCUCUCCCUCUCCCUCUCCCUCAUCCUCCUUCUCCGUGUGACCCAGGCAGGUCCCGGGUCAGCAUGCGGCCCGUGAAGGCUCUCGGUCUGCAGAUGAUGAUGGAGCUGAAAAAACCAGCUGCUGCUCUGCGGGCUCUGACUCCAUCCCGGAACGCUUCUCAUCGCAAAUGAUAGACCGGACACUUUUAACAGCAGGACCGAAUGAGAUUUUUUUUAAAUGUAUUAAUAAAGGAUUUUAAAGGA